GAUACUGUACUCGGAAGGGGCAGCGUUCGCCCUGGUGGUCUCGCGUUCGCUCCGCGCAGGCAGGGGACACGUGAAGGAGAAUGGCCGCGCGACGUUCCCUGCACGCGCGUCUCAACCGAGUCCUGGAGAAAAAGGUGGAGGAACGAGAAGCGUAAAGAGAGAGUAGAUCUGGCAUUUGCCGUGAAGACGUGAAGAAGAGGUCCGUCAAAGAGAGGUACAUCCAGAAGUGAGCUGGUGCUCGGCGAUGCUCCGCGGUGAUGAUUGAUGAUCGGCGCUCAUCGGCGAUCUGCAGUGAAUGACAGGUAACGCGCCUGUGGCUCCGCGCGACAGCGCUCCAGAUGCUCGUGAAUGAAUGGAGUCAGAACGGCGGGAGUGUCACUGAGCGCGCCGGGGGGAGGACACCUGAGACACAGCGCAGCUCGGCUCCUGCAGGUCCCUCUAAAUGUGGAUAUAAGAGCCCGGGCAGCGAGUACCGGCACCAAGCGGUCGGGACCAUGAAAAGGCGCGAUCGGCCGCUUUUACACUCAACGAAUUAUGUGAGGACCUAAGCAAACCUCAGAAUCACAGACAAGCCCUUGGCAAUACCUUCGGAAGAUUCUUCCUGUCGUUCCUUCUCCUGACAAUUUCUCUGCUUUUGCGGACCACCUGAGUUAUGGGGGCUCAGUCUGAUCCAGGGUGGACUUCAUUUUGCUCCAUAUUUUGGAACAAAUGCACCCUAAUGUGGUGGUUGCUAUUGCUGGUGGCCCUCACCCCCAAAGCUGAUGCAGGGCAGUCUUUUAGCAGCUUUAAUACGGAACGCCGAGAAUGGGCCUUCAACCACCUGACCGUGCACCAAACAACAGGAAUGGUCUACAUUGGUGCCGUGAACAGGAUUUACAAGCUGUCUGGGAAUUUGACCCUACUGGUGUCCCAUGACACAGGCCCUGAAGAUGACAACAAGGCCUGCUACCCACCGUUGAUUGUGCAGCCCUGCUCUGAGCCCCUGGUGUCCACCAACAACGUUAACAAGCUGUUACUGAUCGACUACUCACAGAAUCGCCUGUUGGCCUGCGGCAGCCUCUACCAGGGUGUGUGCAAACUGCUGCGACUGGAUGACCUCUUCAUUCUGGUUGAGCCCUCACACAAAAAGGAGCACUAUCUCUCCAGUGUCAACCGUACAGGCACCAUGUUUGGGGUUCUUGUGCCCUCGCAGGGUGAAGGCGGCACACUCUUCAUUGGUACAGCAGUAGGUGGUAAGCAGGACUAUUUCCCCACCGUCUCCAGCCGCAAGUUGCCCCGAGACCCUGAAUCUUCUGCCAUGUUGGACUAUGAACUCCACACUGAUUUUGUUUCCUCUUUAGUAAAAAUCCCAUCUGAUACACUGGCACUCGUUCCCCACUUUGACAUCUAUUAUGUCUAUGGUUUUGCCAGUGGGGCCUUUGUGUACUUCCUGACUGUGCAGCCCGAGAUCCCAGAGGGUGGGGCCUCGACAGGUGGCAUCUCUCCUAGUGACCUCUUCUACACCUCCCAUGUUGUGCGUCUCUGCAAGGGUGACCACAAGUUCCACUCCUAUGCGUCACUACCCCUGGGCUGUAUGCACCGAGGGGCUGAGUACCGCCUCCUUCAGGCUGCAUACCUCGCCAAAGCAGGUUGGCGACUUGGAACUGCUCUCAAUGUCAGUGCCCAGGAUGAUGUGCUUUUUGCAAUCUUUGCAAAAGGCCAGAAGCAGUACCACCGGCCACCCGAUGACUCUGCGCUCUGUAUCUUCACCAUCCGAGACAUCAAUGCUCGCAUCAAGGAUCGUCUGCAGUCCUGCUACCAGGGUGAGGGUAACCUGGAGCUCCACUGGCUGCUGGGCAAAGACGUGCAGUGCACCAAGGCGCCUGUCCCCAUUGACGAUUCCUUCUGUGGGCUGGACAUCAAUCAACCCCUGGGUGGCUCCCAACUGGUGACUGGCCUCACACUGUAUACGGAGACUCGUGACCGGCUAACCUCCGUGGCUGCAUAUAACUACAAUGGCCACUGCGUGGCCUUCGUGGGCACCAAGAGCGGGCGGCUGAAGAAGAUCAGAGUGGACGGUCCUCCCCAUGGUGGGAUCCUGUACGAGACCACAGUUGUUGUCAAGGACGGUGAGCCAAUCCUCCGUGACAUGGCCUUCUCCUUGGACCACAGUUUCCUGUACGUCAUGUCCGAGAGACAGGUGUCCCGAGUGCCCGUGGAGUGGUGUGAGCAGUAUGGGACGUGCGGAGAGUGCCUGAGCUCCGGGGACCCCCACUGCGGCUGGUGUGUCCUUCACAACAUGUGUUCAAGGAGGGACCGCUGUGAGCGGGCCGAAGAGCUCCACCGCUUUGCUGCCACCAUCAGCCAGUGUGUGAAGAUGACAGUGCACCCCGACAGCAUCGCCGUAUCUGAACCUAGCAUGUCGCUCCUGGUGAAGGUUAGCGAUGUUCCGGACCUCUCCGCUGGAAUCAUGUGUUCCUUCGGGAACCUCACUGAGGCCCAGGGUCAAGUCAACGGGGACCAAAUAACCUGUCUCUCUCCAGCCGCCCGAGACAUCCCACUUAUCCCCAUGGACCAAGACUGGUUUGGUGUGGAACUGCGUCUUACAUCCAAGGAGACGGGCCAGAUGCUCGCCAGCACCGAGCUCAAGUUCUACAACUGCAGUGUGCACCAGCUGUGCCUGUCAUGUGUGAACAGUGCCUUCCGCUGCCAUUGGUGCAAGUACCGGAAUAUGUGCACCCAUGACCCUACCAGUUGCUCUUUUCAGGAAGGCCGCGUCAACGCCUCUAAGGCCUGCCCUCAGCUGGUGCGCUCCGAGGAGGUCCUUAUCCCAGCAGGUGAAGUGCGGCCCAUCACCUUGCGGGCCCGCAACCUGCCCCAGCCUCAGUCGGGUCAGCGUGGGUACGAGUGUGUGCUCCACAUCCAAGGUGUGGCCCACCGUGUGCCCGCCCUGCGCUUCAACAGUUCCAGCGUGCAAUGCCAGAACAGCUCGUACACCUAUGAGGGGAUGAAAAUCAGCGACCUGAUGGUGGAUUUCUCUGUGGUUUGGAACGGCAACUUCGUCAUAGAUAAUCCUGAAAUCAUCAAAGUGCACCUGUACAAGUGCACAGCCCAGCGCUACAGCUGCGGGAAGUGCCUCAAGGUGGACAGGAAGUUCCAGUGCGGCUGGUGCAGCGGAGAGGGGCGCUGCACGCUGCGCCAUCAUUGCCCCGUACUGUCCUAUGCCAGCCGCUGGUUGGAUCUAUCUGCCAAGAAUGUCAAGUGCACAAACCCGCGCAUCACCGAGGUGGUCCCUGUGGCGGGCCCCCCCGAGGGAGGCACACGGGUAACAAUCCGGGGCGUGAAUCUGGGCCUCUCCUUCUCGGAGCUCGUUGGAAAUGUGGAGGUGGCUGGGAUCUCCUGCACCCCAAUGGAGGAUGGAUACGUCAUUGCUGAGCAGAUUGUGUGUGAGAUGGAUGCCGCAGCCAUGGAGAGCUUGCCCGGACCGGUCCAGUUGUGUGUUGGAGAGUGUAGACCAGAGCUUCGUGCCCGUUCUUCCCAGCUCUAUUCCUUUGUGAUGCCUUCAGUGCUUGGCUUAUCGCCCACCCGAGGACCUGAGUCGGGAGGCACCAAGGUGACCAUUGUUGGGGAGAACCUGGGAGCUGGGAGCAGUGUGGAAGUUCUGUUUGGUAACCAGACCUGCGAGUUCUACAGGAGGACAGCAACAGAGAUUGUGUGCUAUUCUGCCCCCUCACUGACGGGUGUGGGCACAGCACCGAUCCGCGUCAGUGUGGACCGAGCCUGGGCGCAGGGGAGCCUGACUUUUGAGUACAUUGAGGACCCCACUGUGCAGCGUGUGGAGCCCGACUGGAGCAUUGCCAGCGGACACACCCCACUGACCGUGAUAGGGACUAACCUGGACGUGGUGCAGGAGCCACGGAUGAGGGUCAAGUAUGCUGGCCGUGAGUCUGUCAACGUGUGCAAGGUACUCAACACAACAACCAUCAGCUGCUUUGCUCCACCCCUGACAGCUGAAUACCCUCCUGGCCCAGAUGUGGUGAAGCACGUGGAUGAGUUUGGCUUCAUCUUCAACAACGUACAAGCACUGCUGGUCUACAAUAGCACAAGCUUUGUCUACUACCCAAACCCAUACUUUGAGCCUCUAAGUUCUUCUGGGGUGCUGGAGCAGAAGCCUGGAGCCCCUAUCAUCCUCAAGGGUAGGAACCUGGUGCCCCCAGCGUCAGGAGGGGCCAGACUGAACUACACAGUGCUGAUCGGAGAAACACCCUGCUCUCUUACUGUUUCUGAAACCCAGCUGUUGUGCGAACCGCCCAACCUCACUGGCCAGCACAAAGUCCUGGUCCAGGUGGGUGGUCUGCACGUGUCCCCUGGCGCAGUGCACAUCUUAUCGGACAGCCUGCUCACCCUGCCAGCCAUCGUGAGCAUUGCGGCUGGUGGCGGCCUGCUGCUAGUCAUCGUUGUCCUCGUGCUCAUCGCUUACAAGCGCAAGUCACGCGAGAAUGACCUCACUCUCAAACGCCUGCAGAUGCAGAUGGACAACCUGGAGUCCCGUGUGGCCCUGGAGUGCAAGGAAGCCUUUGCUGAACUACAGACAGACAUCAAUGAACUGACCAGUGACCUGGACCGUGCUGGCAUCCCCUACCUAGAUUACCGUACCUAUGCCAUGCGAGUCCUCUUCCCAGGCAUUGAGGACCACCCGGUGCUGAGGGAGCUUGAGGUCUCAGGUAAUGGACAACUGAAUGUGGAGAAAGCCUUGAAGCUGUUUGCCCAGCUGGUGAACAACAAGGUCUUCCUGCUGACAUUCAUCCGUACUCUGGAGCUGCAGCGCUCCUUCUCCAUGCGCGACCGUGGCAACGUCGCCUCCCUCGUCAUGACUGCGCUGCAGGGCCGGCUGGAGUAUGCCACUGAUGUGCUCAAGCAGCUUCUCUCCGACCUCAUUGAGAAAAACUUGGAGAGCAAGAACCAUCCCAAGCUGCUGCUGCGUAGAACCGAGUCCGUUGCUGAGAAGAUGCUGACGAAUUGGUUUGCAUUUCUGCUGCACAAGUUCCUCAAGGAGUGUGCGGGGGAGCCCCUCUUCAUGCUCUACUGUGCCAUCAAACAGCAGAUGGAGAAGGGCCCCAUCGACGCCAUUACCGGCGAGGCACGCUACUCGCUGAGCGAGGAUAAGCUCAUCCGCCAACAGAUCGAGUACAAGACCCUGAUCCUUAACUGCGUGAACCCAGACAAUGAAAACAGCCCAGAAAUCCCCGUCAAGGUGCUCAACUGUGACACCAUCACCCAAGUGAAGGAGAAGAUCCUGGACGCAGUCUACAAGAACAUGCCGUACUCCCAGAGGCCGCGCGCUGUGGACAUGGACCUGGAGUGGCGCCAGGGCCGAGUGGCACGCGUGGUCCUGCAGGACGAGGACAUCACGACCAAGAUUGAGAAUGACUGGAAGAGGCUCAACACUCUCCUGCACUACCAGGUGUCUGACCGUUCGGUGGUGGCGCUGGUACCCAAACAGACCUCCUCCUACAACAUCCCCUCCUCAGCAAGCAUCUCCCGCACCAUCAGCAGAUACGACUCGGCCUUUCGCUACACAUCGGGGAGCCCCGACAGUCUGCGCUCCCGUGCUCCUAUGAUCACCCCCGAUCUGGAGAGUGGGGUCAAGGUUUGGCACUUGGUCAAGAACCAUGAACAUGGCGACCAGAAGGAGGGCGACCGAGGCAGCAAGAUGGUGUCCGAGAUCUAUCUGACUCGACUGCUUGCCACCAAGGGCACGCUGCAGAAGUUUGUGGAUGACCUGUUUGAGACACUCUUUAGUACGGUGCACCGUGGGAGCGCCCUGCCACUCGCAAUCAAGUACAUGUUCGACUUCCUGGAUGAGCAGGCCGACCGGCACGGCAUCCAUGACAUGGAUGUGCGCCACACAUGGAAAAGCAACUGCUUGCCUCUGCGGUUCUGGGUGAAUGUCAUCAAGAACCCGCAGUUCGUCUUCGACAUCCACAAGAGCAGCAUCACGGAUGCUUGCCUGUCAGUGGUGGCUCAGACCUUCAUGGACUCCUGCUCCACCUCAGAGCACCGACUGGGCAAGGACUCACCUUCCAACAAACUGCUCUAUGCCAAGGACAUCCCCAACUACAAGAGCUGGGUGGAGAGGUACUACGCAGACAUCCACCGGUUACCCGCCAUCAGUGACCAAGACAUGAAUGCCUACCUGGCAGAGCAGGCGCGUCUGCACUCCAACGAGUUCAACAUGCUGAGCGCGCUCAAUGAGAUCUUUUCGUACGUUAGCAAGUACAGCGAGGAGAUCAUAGCAGCUCUGGAGCAAGAUGAACAGGCCAGGAAGCAGAGGCUGGCCUACAAGGUGGAACAGCUCUUGGGUGCCAUGGCCCAGGAGGGUUGAGGGACCCCACAACACUGCCUGGAUUUGGAGGCACUCGCUCUAGUCCCGGAAAAACACCACUGGCCUUGUUAAAAUCGCUUUAGUUUAUUUUGUAUUGGCAAAGCUGUGUACAUCAAGCCCUCUUGUAAACCUUUGGCUCUGUGUGGUCAUCGUGACUGUGGAGGUGCACCAACAGGACAGACUUGAACAGGUGCUAAAGCUUCCUUUCCAAGGAUAGGGUUCGGGUUGCCGUUUCUGCACUGAACUCUCAGAUGGAGAACUGUAACUCAACAGCCAGCACCAGUGGGUGGGAUUAGCUGGAUCCACACAGUGAGAGACUGCAGUGUUCACUUCCUACUUUGAGUCCUCAAUGUGCUCACAAAUUUUUAUUUAUUAUUUUUUACAAGCGUAAUUUAUUUCCAUUAAUUUGAUCUUGGUAGGUGGCUUGGACAGAUAUUGCAUGAUUAUUUGUGAUCUGUUCGAGAUUUGUAGAGAGUGCUAUAGUGAAGAUAAUUGGACUGUUGCUUUUCGGCACAGAAGAACGACUUUCCUUCGAAGGGUUGAACCCAGGGAAGGUGUCUUGGAAUAUCCUGAAUUGUCAGAGACUGAAUGGAAUUCCAGCAUAGUUAAAGAUCAUGAAAGGGUCUGUUGAAAUCCUUCUUUUUCAUGGUCAUCGGAAUGCUGAGUGGCCUCAUGAGUACGAACAAAAAAUAAAAACGCAGACUUUUUGUUCGGCAGGACCUUCUUCACAGGAAAUGCAGCUGUUCCAUCCUCCAUGCUGUCUGCAUAUAUGUUACCAUACAUAUGUUGAUAUAAUAAAAUGUCUUGCUCUUUUUAAUUCAUUUUUCAGAAUAUUUUUAUUUCACAAAAAGACCUGGAAGGACUGCAGCUGACAAAAAGAAACCAUUUUAAUGCAUUCGAUAGGCGUUUUCCCCUGCAAGCUGCUUACUUUACGCUCAGACCACUGCCUUUCAUUCUGAAUGAGAGGACAGUCCACUCCUUUUACACUGCAAACAUAAAAGAACAUUUUAGGGAGAAAGAGGCCCUGGUGGUGGACUCCAGAGAUCACCACCCUCAUACCAAUGGCUUAAGCUCAAAUAAACUCCUGUCUGUAAGUCACAGUAGACCAGGGCAGAAGGGAGAGCCAUUGUAACACAUUUCUCCACAUUGGAAAAUGUGGAGGAAUAUACUGUAGGAAGCUGAACCCCUUAUACAUAGUAGUAAUAAAAAAAAAAAA